AUGACUUCAUUAGUAUCAGCGCGCAAUUCGGUCAAGCCGGCAGACUCACGACCGGGCCACACGGACAUCCACCAAGAAGGCCCUCAAUUUGGUGCUACACAUGUCUCGGGCGGUAACUCCUUUCAAGGCAACUUUGUUGGUCUCACGAUCAACUCCACGGCGCGACCCGACUACCGCGGCCAGCUUUCGCACUCCUCGCUCGAGCCGGUGAAGGCUUUUGUUCCACGACCUCUCCUCUACGAUCAGAUCAGAACACAGUUGUGGAAUGUCGAUGUUACGGCAAACAAAAGCACAAAGACGCUCGUGGUAUGGGGGCUUGGUGGCGCGGGAAAAUCCCAGCUGGUGCUCAACUAUGUACAAGGGUGCUGCACCGACUACCAGACAACGUUCUGGUUUGAGGCGGGACGAAAGGAAUCACUCGAGCGAGAUUUUGUCAACCUCUACCAGACACUGUUCAACAUACAGAUGGUCGCUGGAAAGGAAACUGUCAGCGUGGAGAGUGCAGUGAUUGGCGUGAAGAGCUGGUUUUCUGGCCAGCGAGGGCCGUGGCUGAUGGUAUUCGACGGGGCCGACACUAUCGAGAACAAGGAGGCGAGCGAUUACGUCGACAUCAAACAUUUUAUUCCAGAUGUGGCAUGUCUGCAUGUGAUCAUCACUAGUCGCAGCAGGACGGCUAAAGACAUGACACGGCUGGAUGGGGUGCACGUUGGUGAAAUGGAAGAAGCACAGGCUACAGAGCUCUUUUACCAGUACGCUCAGUUGCGGCAAAACAACCAAGACGUCGAACAGAAGGAGGUCAAAGCCAUUGUUAAAGAGCUUGGGUACCUGGCACUCGCUGUGACUCUAGCAGGCACAUACGUGGGACAAACUCCACGACUGCAGUCUGACAUCAAGGCGUAUCUCCCCGAAUACCGGUUAAGGCGGCGCGAACUACUGAAGCGAAACCCGGAACAACUCAUUCAUCAGUACAGCGAGAGCGUGCUGACGACUUGGGAAACGUCGUAUCAGGCUAUCGUCAACCACUAUCCGGAGGCGUCAACUCUUAUGACCAUGUUAUCGUUCUUGAGUUUCGACGAUAUUUUCCUUCCGCUUUUUGGCACCAGAUCGAUUGUAACCACAACGUUAGCAGAUGAUGCAGCCACAAUCAGCUGGAAAUCUAUUCUGUUCCCCAGUCGGGUAGUGGAUAUUUACCUAAUGGAACAGUGUUUCCAGGUUUUGCAGAAAUACUCAUUCGUUCAAUGGAAGGCGGAUCAAUGCAGCUAUACAAUGCAUAAACUCGUCCACGCCUGGGGCUAUGACAGACUUACUAGGGACGAACAAGAUAAGUUCAGCGUCGCUACUCUUACACUGAUUUUAGAAGCAGUGAACGGAUGCGGGAAUGCGCCAGCGGACAAGCUCAGGUUAGUACCGCAUAUUAUGGCGCACUUGGCGACGAUAGCUGGUGUUCAAGAAGUGGUAGACAGUACACUCUCCACACUAGUAGCAAUGGGGAUCUUUGUUACUGACAUCGGCCGGCUGUUAGAAGGACAUGUGAUUCAGGAGUUCAUAUGGGUAAAAAGACGUAGCAUCCUCGGUGACGAACACCCAGACACGAUCUCGGCGAUGAACAAUCUCGCAAGCACGCUUGGAGAUCUGGGCCAGCUUGACGAGGCAGCAAAGAUGAAGAAGGAAGUGCUAGAGAAGAGAAGACGCAUCCUCGGAUACGAACACCCAGACACGAUCUCGGCGAUGAACAAUCUCGCAAGCACGCUUGGAGAUCUGGGCCAGCUUGACGAGGCAGCAAAGAUGAAGAAGGAAGUGCUAGAGAAGAGAAGACGCAUCCUCGGAUACGAACACCCAGACACGAUCUCAGCAAUAGGCAAUCUCGCGGCCACGCUUGGAGAACUGGGCCAGCUCGACAAGGCAGCAAAGAUGCAGAAGGAAGUGCUCAAGAAGAGAAGACGCAUCCUCGGAGACGAACACCCAGACACGAUCUCGGCGAUGAGCAAUCUCAGCGAGACAGCGGAGAUGCAGAAGGAAGUGCUAGAGAAGAGAAGACACAUCCUCGGGGACGAACACCCAGACACGAUCUCAGCGAUGAGCAAUCUCGCGGCCACGCUUAGAGAACUAGGCCAGCUCGACGAAGUAACAAAGACGCAGAAGGAAGUGCUAGAGAAGAGAAGACACAUCCUCGGGGACGAACACCCAGACACGAUCUCAGCGAUGGGCAAUCUCGCAAACACGCUUGGAGAACUAGGCCAGCUCAGCGAGACAGCGGAGAUGCAGAAGGAAGUGCUAGAGAAGAGAAGACACAUCCUCGGGGACGAACACCCAGACACGAUCUCAGCGAUGGGCAAUCUCGCAAGCACACUUGGAGAACUGGGCCAGCUCGACGAAGCAGCAAAGAUGAAGAAGGAAGUGCUGGAGAAGAGAAGACGCAUCCUCAGGGACGAACACCCAGACACGAUCUCAGCGAUGGGCAAUCUCGCAAGCACGCUUGGAGAACUGGGCCAGCUCGACGAGGCAGCAAAGAUGAAGAAGGAAGUGCUCAAGAAGAGAAGACGUAUCCUCAGGGACGAACACCCAGACACGAUCUCAGCGAUGAACAAUCUCGCGGCCACGCUUGGAGAACUGGGCCAGCUUGACGAAGCAGCAAAGAUGAAGAAGGAAGUGCUGGAGAAGAGAAGACGCAUCCUCGGGGACGAACACCCUUCCACGAUCUCAGCGAUGAACAAUCUCGCGGCCACGCUUGGAGAACUGGGCCAGCUUGACGAAGCAGCAAAGAUGCAGAAGGAAGUGCUGGAGAAGAGAAGACGCAUCCUCAGGGACGAACACCCAGACACGAUCUCAGCGAUGAGCAAUCUCGCGGCCACGCUUAGAGAACUAGGCCAGCUCGACGAAGUAACAAAGACGCAGAAGGAAGUGCUAGAGAAGAGAAGACGCAUCCUCAGGGACGAACACCCAGACACGAUCUCAGCGAUGAGCAAUCUCGCGGCCACGCUUAGAGAACUAGGCCAGCUCGACGAAGUAACAAAGACGCAGAAGGAAGUGCUAGAGAAGAGAAGACGCAUCCUCAGGGACGAACACCCAGACACGAUCUCAGCGAUGAGCAAUCUCGCGGCCACGCUUAGAGAACUAGGCCAGCUCGACGAAGUAACAAAGACGCAGAAGGAAGUGCUAGAGAAGAGAAGACGCAUCCUCAGGGACGAACACCCAGACACAAUCUCGGCGAUGAAUAAUCUCGCGGCCACGCUUGAAGAUCUGGGCCAGCUCAACGAGGCUAUAACGUUAUUAGAAGCUGCUGAAGAGAAAACGAGACAGGCUCAGAACUAA